CCUUAAACCUGAACCAUGCAUGGGUGUGGAAUCCAAAUUCAGAUUCCUCACAAGGUGCAGAGACCCUUUAAGCAAGACAUUAAAAAUUGGUCUGGGCUUUCUGCUCCUCCUGUUCGACAGACAGCCGCAUCUUGUCUCCCAUCGCCAGUCACAUCCCUGAGACACCAUGGGGAGGGUGAAGGUCGGAGUAAACGGAUUUGGUCGUAUUGGGCGCCUGGCACCAGAGCUGCUUUUAACUCUGGUAAAGUGGAUAUUGUCGCCAUCAAUGAUCCCUUCAUUGACCUCAACUACAUGGUCUACAUGUUCCAGUAUGAUUCUACCCAUGGCAAAUUCCAUGGCACUGUCAAGGCUGAGAACGGGAAGCUUGUCAUCAAUGGAAAUCCCAUCACCAUCUUCCAGGAGCUAGAUCUCUCCAAAAUCAAGUGGGGCAAUGCUGGCGCUGAGUAUGUGGUGGAGUCCACUGGCGUCUUCACCACCAUGGAGAAGGCUGGGGCUCACUUGCAGGGGGGAGCCAAAAGGGUCAUCAUAUCUGCCCCCUCUGCUGAUGCCCCCAUGUUCGUGAUGGACGUGAACCAUGAGAAGUACGACAACAGCCUCAGGAUCGUCAGCAAUGCCUCCUCUACCACCAACUGCUUAGCACCCCUGGCCAAGGUCAUCCAUGACAACUUUGGUAUCGUGGAAGGACUCGUGACCACCGUCCACGCCAUCACUGCCACCCAGAAGACCGUGGAUGGCUCCUCCGGGAAACUGUGGCAUGAUGGCCGUGGGGCUCUCCAGUACAUCAUCCCUGCCUCUACUGGUGCUGCCAAGGCUGUGGGCAAGGUCAUACCUGAGCUGAACGGGAAGCUCACUGGCAUGGCCUUCCAUGUCCCCACUGCCAACGUGUCAGUGGUGGACCUGACCUGCCAUCUGGAAAAACCUGCCAAAUAUGAUGACAUCAAGAAGGUGGUGAAGCAGGCGUCGGAGGGCCCCCUCAAGGGCAUCCUGGGCUACACUGAGCACCAGGUGGUGUCCUCUGACUUCAACAGUGACACCCAUUCUUCCACCUUCGAUGCUGGGGCUGGCAUUGCCCUCAACGACCACUUCGUCAAGCUCAUUUCCUGGUAUGACAAUGAAUUUGGCUACAGCAACAGGGUGGUGGACUUCAUGUCCCACAUGGCCUCCAAGGAAUAAGACCCCUGGACCACCAGCCCCAGUGAGAGCACGAGAGGAAAAGAGGCCCUCACUCCUGGGGAGUCCCUGCCACACUGAGUCCCUCACCACACCGAAUUGCCCCUCCUCACAGUUUCCAUGCAGACCCCUUGAAGAGAGAGGGGCCUAGGGAGCCCCACCUUGUUGUGUAACAUCAAUAAAGUCCCCUGUGCUCAGCCAAAAAAAAAAAAAAAAUUGGGCUGGCCUGUUGAAAGAAGAGGCCUCCCCAGAGAAGCAAUUU